GAGACGAAAGCGCGAGAACCUCUGCAGGUGGUGAUAAAGUUUAUACUUCUCGUCAGAAGUCCAGUAUGUGUUAGGAGGAACAAAAGUCUCUUCGAAAGGGAGUGAAUCUUCUGAAGGAGAGCCGUUAUAAUGUCGGAGGAUGUGGUCCGAAUGGGACUUGAGCAUUUCGAGGUACAGCCCUGCGUUUUCGGCAGCCAUAGUGUGUUUGUCUUCAAAACAAGUCAGAGCGAGUUCGUUGGGCUCAAUGUCUACGUCAUUGACACCUUGAUCGACCACACGGCUACCGGUGAUCGCCGUUGAAUGCUGGCCGAAUGCAACCUUUCAACCUUAACGAUGGCAUCGGGAAUAACACGUUGGAUCACUUCGAAUGAACUUCGAGAUAUCAUCAAAGGCUCAGGGAAACCCCUUAUCGAUUAUGCCGUUGUGGAUGUAAGAGAUGCGGACUUUGAUGGCGGCAAUAUUCCAAACUGCAUCCAUAUCCCAUCCCAUCUCUUCGAUGAGAGAGUUAACGGGCUUGUCGAGCGGCUAAAGUCUACACCACUUGUCGUGUUUCAUUGCUAUUGGUCGCAGCAAAGAGGACCUCAAGCAGCCCGGAUAUUCCGCGAAGCGCGAGACGGCUUGCUGACGCCGGAGCAAAUCAGUCCCCAAGAGAUAUGCAUAUUGCGUGGAGGUUUCGCUGAGUUCCAAGGAUACUUUAAGGCAGGCACAUUAAAAAAAUUACGUUCACUGUUUGAUAGCUGGUUUCCCUCCCACAACAGAAGGACCCCGAAUUGGUUGAAAAUUAUCGAGCCAGCGUUUGGGACCCAUCUGCAGUGGAAUCCGGUGACGAAUAAAUCCAAGGUGGCACCUGUAUGUUUCGUCUGCGAAUAAGACACAACGAUCCCAUCUGGAUGAAAUAGAAGCCUCGGGGUCAUUUCCAGGAUGUUAUGAUGCUCCUGAUUGGUCUCCAUUACGCCCGCUAGAUCUGCGGAACCACGAGAACCAUGAUGACCGUUUUGCUUCGGUAGAGCCGGGCGGAUCGUUCGAGGGUAUUGCUGAGUGGGACGCUGUUGAAAGAGCCACCUCUUGCCGUCUCUGCUCCGCACGUUUCUGGGCAAUCUUGAUGUUCCGCUCAGGAAACUUCUCGACAAUCGUUUUCAUUGU